AAGAGGAAAAAAUACUACGACAAUUGGCGUAAUGUUCUGAAAUAUUUGAACACAUUCAAGUCCAAAAUCAAUUGGUGGUAACGAUUCGGCGUUAACCUGCUUCGGCGUUAUCCGAUAAGGAUAAGCGAACUGGCACGUGCACCCGCACUUUGAUACAGCUUUUGGAUUGAAGUCCAAAAUCUGUGCCAGAAAAUCAACACCAAAUUUCGACAAAUCACCACAAUGCGUGAGUUUCCUUGGUACACCAGAGGUUAUUGAAUCGAAGUUGACAAUGAUUCUACAGCUCCAAAGCUAGACCCCACAGAGAUCAAGGUGAUGUAAGUCAUCCCCCGCGCGGCAAGUCGUGCGAUCUUCAAAUCCUGCCCUCAACCCAACCCACGAUAUACACUUACGCGCGCACAAUACAAAUUACUGAUCCAUUCGUCGCAGCCACCUUCGGGCCACCGGUGGCGAAGUUGGUGCUUCCUCCGCUUUGGCGCCCAAAAUUGGUCCUCUUGGUCUUUCCCCCAAGAAGGUCGGAGAAGAUAUCGCAAAGGCAACGGGUGACUGGGUGGGUUGAUACAUAGCCGUUUUUGUUGCUUUGGAAUUGGGAUUUUGACUUUGGUUUUUGCAGAAAGGUCUCCGUGUCACAGUAAAGCUCACCAUCCAAAACCGUCAAGCCGCUGUCUCCGUCGUUCCCUCCGCCUCAUCGCUCGUCAUCAAAGCCCUCAAGGAGCCACCCCGCGACCGAAAGAAGGAGAAGAACAUUAAGCACACAAAAUCCAUUCCUUUGGACGAGAUCAUCGAGAUCGCCCGAACAAUGAGAUUCAAGUCACUGGCAAAGGAACUUAAGGGUACCGUAAAGGAGAUUUUGGGCACUGCGUUCAGUGUUGGAUGCCAGGUUGAUGGAAGAAGUCCAAAGGAUGUCAGUGACGAUAUCGAGAGUGGAGAGAUUGAGAGUAGGCUUCCCCCAAGUAUUUGCAUGGCUAAAUGCUGACACCUCUUCCAGUUCCAGAUGAGUAA